AUGGCAUUUGCUUCUACCAUUCGAAAAUGCAAACACGAUCUGGAUUUGUUAUUCAAGCGAUCGUGGGCUAUAUUUUGGCAUAAAUAUUCGACCAAUGAUGAUCCUCGUCAUGAUUAUUGCAGCAUCGAUUGGUGUGGUUAUUUAAAAGCUGCUCGUGAUGGAACAUCAUAUGAUCAUACACCACAUGCUUUACCUCGUCCUGUCCUUGAUGCCAUCAAGCCUGUUUUUGACAACCUCUGUUCUCGGGAAAGUCUUGCACGUGUUGUUAAUGCAUCAAGUCAGAAUCCGAAUGAAGGUUUUCAUUCGCUUGUUUGGCUUAUGUCACGAAAACACAAGACAUCAUCCGGUACAAUAUUUGAAAUUGCAUGUCAUCUUGCAAUAAUAAUAUUUAAUGAUGGAUAUUUUACAUUAGGAGAUCUUUUCAACAACAUCUGUGGUUAUCGUGGUCACUACACCGACCAAGCAAUGAUUCACUUCGACAACACUCGUCUUCAUACAGAAUCAAAAGAAAAUAAUAGAAAAAGAAGAAAAGAAGCUGGUCGUGAUGUACAAAAAAAUGUUGAUAAUGAUCAAACAAAUAGUAAUAAUGCAUCUGGUGAUGAUGAUUAUACAACAAUAGAUAGUGAUGAAGAAGCAGAUGAUGAUUAUAAUGAAACAAAUCCCGGUGAUCAAGCAACAUUUGAAGAUAAUGAUACAACAACAGAAGGUAAUGAAUGUUCCACUGAUGAUCAUGAUUCAACAUCCAGUAGUGAUAAUUCAUCAACUGAUAAUGAUGAUAAAACAAUUCUUAGUCCUGAUACAGCAACAAAAGAAGAUGUUGAAAAGAAUGAUGAAACUAGUGAUGACGAAUAUGGUUAUUAUAAUCCAAAAGACAGAAGAAGAUGGAAAGAAGAAGAAUAA